GUUUGUUCAUGGAACAUUGACAAGAAAAUAUUCUCCUUAGUUUCUACGAGCUAAUAAUUUAAACUUGAUUAUUCGAGUCAGACAGUUUCACCAACAGAACAAUUACAAUUCUUUGUGAAAUCCAAGGGAACGAUAUCUCUGUUGAUUAUUUAGCUUGACAUCACGGCGGACAGCAGUCUCACGGUUCUUACGUCAAGAUAAUUUUCGUAAAUUAACAUCUACAAACAAAAACCUUACUCCAACCAAAAAGAUUGUGUUGAAAAUUUUCUACGGAAAAAGUUUAGUUGAAUAAAAAUGCCACGUGGUAAAUUUGUCAAUCACAAGGGACGUAAUCGUCAUUUUACGAAUCCUGAGGAGCUGGAGGAACAGAGGAAAGCGGACGAGGAGAAGAGAAGGUGGAGGCAACAAAAGGGAGGCGACUCAUCCAGUGAAGAGGAGGAACAAGCUAAGAAGCCGAGCAAGUCAAAACAUGCGUCGGAAUCGGAGACCGAGAGCGAGUCAGAAUCUUCAGAGUCCGAGAAUGAGGGAAAGGCGAAGGGUGUUGAAGCGUUAAUUGAGGUGGAGAAUCCUAACAGAGUUCAGAAGAAGACGAAGAAGCUUUCAACGCUGAAUGCUGAUUUAGCACAACAAUCGUCGAAACCUGAGUUAUCUCGACGAGAAAGAGAACAAUUAGAAAAACAGCGCGCCUACGCGUAUUAUCAGAAGCUACAUGCUGCUGGUAAGACCGAUGAAGCGCGUGCGGACCUAGCACGAUUAGCCAUAAUUAAGCAACAAAGAGAAGAAGCUGCUAAACGAAGGGAGGACGAGAAGAAGCAAAAGGAACAGGCUGCCCAGAAAAAGACAGAAGCCACGCAAAAGGCGCUUGGCAAACGAAUCUGAAGAAUAAUUUUGUAAUUCCAUUUAUUUUUGAUUUAAAAGAAAAAAAGCAACAGAUUAACCACCUUGUAUACCACUAAUGUUAUGCUAAUACCUUGUCAUAAAGAUCAAUCUUACUAUUCUUUCUUAUGUAUCAAUAAAAUCUACAGAAGAAGCUAUUA